UUCUUUUUUCAGGACCGUUACCAGCUAUUUGUGAAUUCACUACUCUCCAGCGAAGGCAAUGAACGACUCACAAAAGCACUCACUCUUCUCAACUGGUCUUGGCCAGGCUUCAAAGUGAGCUCUUUUCUGGAACGUCAUCGCUCCUCGGUGUUGAGUGCAGUGCGCACAAAUAAUUUAAAAUUCGACUACGAUAAUCUCACUGUUAUGUACUACAAGCCCAGAAUGGAAGUGCUGCAGUUGCCACUAAACCGUCCCAGCGGUUAUGUGCUACGUCCUUUAAAUGCCACAACCGAUGCUGAGAUAAUCGACACACUAUGGCCAAAUCAUCAUCAGGGUUCACGUUUUCUGAUUAAACGUCUCAUAGAGUGGAAUGCGAAUAUGGGCGUUUAUACAGCGGACACUGGCGAGCUAGUAGCGUGGUGCUUGCGUUUGCAAGGCGGUUUUCUCGGCGCUCUGCAAGUGAGGGUGGAGCACAAGCAACGCGGUUUGGGUAGCCUGAUUGCCACGGCUACAGCGCAACGCAUUGCGGAGCUGGGUGAUGAUGUAAUGACGCUGGUAAACAAGGAUAAUCGCGUCGCACGUGGCAUGUUCGAGAAGCUAGGCUUUAAGCUAUUUGAUAACGCUUAUUGGUUACGUACAUUUCCCACUGAAGACGUAGAGAGCACAUGGCCUGAUGGCGAGUAGAGAAUUUCGCGUUUGCAUAUGUACAUUAGGGUGGUCCUUAAAUGUAGGAAGCACAUUUUUACAUCAAGUUUCCCAAGCCUCAACCCCUACGUCGAUGCUACUAUAGUCAAAGAUAUCACAUAUAAAUUUUGGUCCCGAUUUGAGGCGGUUAAGGCGUGUCGCACAGGGGGUAAAGUUCAAAUUCCUCUAUGGAGACUAAAAAAAUUAAAAUUAAUUUUUUUCACCUAAUACCAAUAGUCGAUACUACUUUAGUCGGCGUUAUCACAUAUAAAUUUUGGCCCUGAUUGGAGUCGGUUAAGACGUGUCACACAGGGGUCAAACUUCAGAUUACCCUAUGAAAACGUUUUAACCGACUGAAAUCGGGACCACAAUUUAUAUGUGAUAUCUGUGAUCAUGGUAUUACCGAUGGAGGGGGUUAGACGGAAAAAAUCGGUUCAUUUGAUUUCUAAGGACCACCCCAAUGUUUAUACAUUCAUAAACAUUUUCAAAAAAUCUUGUAGAAAUCUUUAAAGAAAUAAAAAUUAGUCUUUGGAAUUUUGAAUUAUUAAUAAAAAAAUAUUAUAAAGUAUCCUGAAAGUUAACGAUUGCAUUGGUGAUGGAAAAACAGGAAAAACCUGACGGUGGAGAAUCCCAGUGCAUAUG